AUGGCAGCUCCUCGUUCCAGUUCUUUGCGCGCUCUCCGCGUGCUCUCUCAGCAGCACUCUACCACCCCAUCCAUCCGUCGGGGCUUGCACAUCACCGGCGCCCAGUCUGCACAACCCGCCAAUGUCUCGGACAGGGCUUCCCUGUAUGCCAGCCGCACUCUGGCUGAUCUGAAGACUGAAUGUGUGAAGCGGUCCUUGAGAUCUAGUGGCUCCCAGUCUGAGCUUGUCGAACGCCUCUCCAACCAUGAUUUCCUUCAAUCCCGUGCCUUCAGCAUCGCUAUGAAGAGGAUCAACGGCAGCUCUAACGCUGAAAAAAACCAAGGCCGCCAAUUCAACACUUCCCGUUCUAGCAAGGCCGUCGGUGACUCAUCCACCGUUGACUUCGCGUACAUGCCUUCUAUGGCAGAGAUCGAUGCACCUGCUGCUCGUGCCGAUCCGCAAAUCCCGAUCCUUUCCGACAUCUAUACCCACUAUGACCCGACCCAGUCGCAAGAGGCCCCCAUGAGGCCCCAGGUUUACACCGUGUCCGGGGGUGCUGGUGACAUCUCCGCAAGUCCCAUGACCGAGGUUGUUGACAACCACUCCGUGGACAUUGAUCCCUUCUCCCUAACCGAGACGGUUGGGAAGUCCAGAUUCGGCGAGGAGCUGAAGAAGCAACAGAACGGUACCUCCGAACCAGGUGUCGUCCGGGAACUGUGGAGUGGGUUCUUGGAAGAUCUUUUAGGUUCCAAACAGCAGCAAGCUCAGAAACAUUGA